UUUCGUGAAUCAAAUGUUAAACCUAUCUUCUUCAAAGCUGCCUUCUCUGCCCAUUUUUGAAUUCUCUUCUUUCCUAGCUUCUCCUCAUUAACGCUCUCAUUUCCAAUUUACCAUGGACUUGAUCCCUAAUCUCCCCAACGAUAUUGCUCGAGAAUGUUUAAUUCGAGUCUCCUACGAUCAAUUCUCAACGCUUUUGUCUACUUGUAAAGGGUGGAAGACUGAGAUCGAGCUGCCGGAAUUUUUUCACCAAAGGAAGGCUUCUGGCCACGGCCAAAAACUUGUUGUCAUGGCUCAAGCACGGGUUGACUCGGAUACGAAACAGGGUGUUCUAAAAGAGUGCUCUGAUAAACCUGUUUAUGGCCUUUCUCUUUUGGAGCCGGAUACGGGAAACUGGGUUGAAUUGCCUCAGCUGCCUGAUGAAUUCCCUGAUGGGCUGCCUUAUUUUUGCCAGCUAGUUGCUGUCGGUUUUGAUCUUGUAGUAAUGGGUGGUUUGGACCCGGUCACUUGGGAGGUGUCCGAUUCUGUCUUUGUCUUCAAUUUCUUGACUGCCAGGUGGCGGCGGGGGGAUGAUAUGCCAAGCGUACGGCGUUCGCUGUUCGGAUGUGCUUCCGAUGCUGCUGGGCUGGUGUAUGUUGCUGGUGGACAUGAUGAGGAGAAGAAUGCUUUGAGGUCAGCACUGGCAUAUGAAGUGGCGAAGGAUGAGUGGAUCCCUUUGCCUGACAUGGCAAGGGAGCGCGAUGAGUGCAAGGGAGUUUUCCACCGUGGCAAGUUCCAUGUCAUCGGCGGCUAUUGCACCGAUAUGCAAGGUCGAUUCGGGAAAAGUGCAGAGGUGUUCGACAUGGCCAUGUGGCGGUGGGAUCACGUCCAAGAUGAUUUCUUAGAAGCCAGCAUGUGUCCAAGGACUUGCAUAGCUGGCGACGGUGCGGAUAUGUAUAUGAUUUGUGAAGGUGAUGUGGCAGCAUUGAAAGAUGGCAGAUGGCAAGUGAUUGCCAAGCUCCCUGCUGAUAUGUGCAAGAUUGCUUACAUGACGAGGUGGCAGGACAAGUUGCUAGCGAUUGGAUCUUCAAGGUUCGAUGAGCCCCACAAUGCUUACGUGCUGAAUUUGACGAAAUCCGAGUGGGCAAAGUUGGAGACCCCUGAGAAAUACUAUGGUCAUGUUCAAUCAGGAUGCUUCUUGGAGAUUUGAGACAGAAAAAUAGAUGAUGAUGAUAUUUCUGUACAGAAAAAUAGUAAUUCCAAUAUGAUUAUUUCCUUUU